AUGAGCGUCGACGAGUUGGAUAAAUCGAUUCAACAAUACAAAGCACAGCUUGAUCAGAUCGCACAAGCCUUACAACACACCAAGGAUGCAAAUGAGCGACAAGAGCUGAAUAAGCUGAAGCAAGAUUUGAUUGAAUUGCUGGAACUUACACUAGAAACGCUCGAUCCUACAAGCGAUGAAGACAACGAACCCGGUCCUCCGCCGGACAAUCGAUGCUCAACAGCGGACGAUCGGAUGGAUGACGAAUUCGCACUGUUUAUGAAGGAGAUUAAAGAACUUCCUGCCGAGCCGGAAACAUUAACGGACGAAAGUGUAGCGAACCCGGACACAGCAUCACAAGACGAACCAGACUUUGAUGGAUUGGUUGGUAGCAAGUGCUCAGCGCCUCAUUUACAUAGCUGGGGCUCAACCGCAUACCAUAACGCGAUGGUAUGCAGCCUCGAUACGUCAAAUUUAGCCGAAGCGACCGCAAAGGUAUUGUUCACCAAUCCUACCCACCGGGAGAUGAUACCCUGCGCAUACUUUCUCGAAGGAGAAUGUCGCUUCGUAGACGACAAGUGUCACUAUUCGCACGGGGAAGUUGUUCGGUUGGAUCAGCUGCGUGACUACCGAGUGCCGCGCUUCGAACGAUUGCGCCAAAAGGGUAGCCGUGCGCUGGUGAAACAACCAUCUACGCGGCUCUGGUGUAAGGCCAUCGUGCUGGAGGUGGACUUUGAUGCAAAGCGAUGUAAAAUCCGACUAGAGGAAGGCAAACGUGAUCAAAUGGAUGUGCCAUUCGAAGAUCUUUUGCCACUGGAUGAUGAUGAGGAGUGUGGUUCGGAACGUGAGAACCCAUCGGACGAUGGUUCCAGUGGUGAAGAUGCCGAUGAAGAAUCUCUCCGUAAGGCACUAAUGGUGGAGAAAAGCCUGUUCCAACCGGCACCCGAUCGACGGUUAGGCGAAUGGGAGGAGUACACACGUGGCAUAGGAUCGAAAAUUAUGCAGAAAAUGGGUUACAUCGUUGGAACGGGGCUUGGUCGGGAGGGCGAAGGAAGAGUGUUGCCGGUAAGCGCACAGGUGCUACCACAGGGUCGUUCCCUCGACUACUGCAUGGAACUGCGCGAACAAGCCAACGGCGACAAGGAUCUGUUCAGCGUGGAGAAAAAGCUCGUACAGCUUCGGAAGCAGCAGGAAAAGCGCGAUGCCAAGGAUUACGAGCGUCGGGCCAAGGCGGACAAAGCGAAAGAUGUGUUCGCUUUUAUCAACGAAAAGGUGUUCAGUGGUGGCGAAAACUCAAAAUCAAAACCGACGGCCCGGCAGGGCGAGCUGACCAGGCACGAUCUUAAGGAACAUUCGUCCAAAAACUUAAACAUUGCCAGCCUGAAGCUAUCGGAAGAGAUACGCCGAACGGAGGCCGAUGUGGAACGGCUCAAAAUAGCGCUAACGCGACACAAGGCAGGAACGCCAGCAUCGGACAACUUACGACGACAGAUCGAUGCGAAGCGUGCGGAAAUCAAGCGCCUACAGACAUCGGAAUACAAUAUUUCCAAGGAACAACAGUUGCGCACGGACAAAAAGAAGAUGACGAUAUUUUAA